UAUGUCGUCACCAACUUUUGCGGACAGCAAGCCACCAACGAUGGCUCCACCACCUCCGACGGCAAAGCGGGUUGUUCCAGCUACGGCUUUCCCUCCCACCGGCGGCAUGAAAGCCAACAUGACUGUUGCACCACCUCGGACGGCAGGGCAGGCUAUAACUAAGGCCGCACCCAGCUCCGACGGCAAGGCAAGCCAACAGCGACGGCUACACCUACCGCGGACGGCAAAGCAGGCCUUCAACCACGGCCACAUCCUCCUCCGACGACCACACAUUACCUGCAACUACGCCCGGAUUGUGUCCAACAGUGCUGUCCCGUUGACGAAUACCUUUGCCGAAAUUCAAUGGCUACCGGCUUCCUAUUAUUCUUCCUCGGAUGGCGGCAACACGUACACCUGUCAGUACGACCACUGGAUCGGUACAGUGGGACGAGACGGCAGCCAGAUCGGGAUCGAUUAUAAUUCGGAAACCAAUCCGUCAUAUGCUCCCAAUCCGCAAAGCACUAUGGCUAUAAAGUACGAUUACCGGAAGUACUCCAUCGACUAUGGCUGCAGCAGUCCCAAUCUGAAGACGGGAAUCUGCGCCUCCCCGAUCGUUUUCGUCAGCACCCGAGUACGCCCGACCCAGUUGUCAUACCACGAAAAGAGGGAGAUUGACCGCGUGGUGGACGCCGUGUUUGCGCCCUACUGCCGGUCAGCCGACGAUAUCCCGCUCCAGCAGUACGACGACAACAAGCCCGACUGCAGUUUACCGUUGCAGCCACAAGACUGCGCCAACUCGACGCUUCGAGUCAUGGGUAUCAACACUGAUCUUCUCAUUGGUUUAACUUUAGAAGAUCCAUGAUCCAGUAUCAACUGACAGCACAUUAAAGAUUUAAUUUUUUUAGCAUCUCAAAUCGUGCCUUAAUUGGAU